AUGGAGGGGAGUGGUGGUAGUGGUGGUGGAGAUGGUGAAGGGGCUGCAGGAGAUGGCACACGCCGACGUGGUCGAGGUGGGCGGUGGCGGAGGCAGCGGGUGGGUGCGGCGGAGGCGGAGAAGGCUGACGCCGAGCGUGCGGUGCGUGGCGCAGGGCUGAAGGCGCUGAAGCGGCUGGACUUGGAGAUGAACCGGCUGACGGUGCUGGGCGAGCGCGCCUUCGCCGAGCUACCGGCGCUCGAGGAGCUGGUUCUGGACGAGAACGAGCUGCAGCUGGUCGACCCGCGCGCGCUCUGGGGGCUGCAGCGCCUGCGGAGGCUCUCGCUCGCAGGCAACCGCCUGCGCGCGCUGCCGCCCGACGUGCUGGUGCCCGCGCCGCGCCUGCGCGCCCUCGACCUGCGCGACAACGCCCUGGCGUCGCUGCCCGCCGCCGCCGCCCGCCCGCUCCUCCCGGCGCUGCGCGGCGCCCCGGCCGAGGGCGACGGCGUCCAGCACGCGGCUCUGCACCUCGACGAUCCUGAGUACCACAAUUCCAAAGUUAAAUAUAAACCUUAA